UCGCUGCCUCUCAUCGCUCCCUCACACAUGCAAAGUUGUGUGCAGUGUCUCACCCACAGAGAGGAACUGUGGUUUCUCCUCUUCAGCAAGAAGUGAUCCUCCCCACCGGGCUCCCCUUCUCUGUUCUGCUGCGUCCCCUCUCAGAUGAUCCAUCCAUCACCCACCUGCAGCCGAUCUUUUUCACGCACACUGCAGCCACAGCAUGAGCCUACGGAAACUGAGUUUCAAGUGGUUUGGUAGCCUCACCAACCUCUCUUUCCGCCGCUCCACUGAGAAAUCAGACUCUAAGUCCUCACCAUCCAAGUCUGGAGCAGGAGAUGGCACCGACGGUGGCGCCGGGGCCGUCCUGGCUCCGAUUGUUGAGGCAACGGUGGACGACAUGGGUGCCAUGCGCCCUCGCACCGCCAGCUAUGUCCGCUCCAGUGAGAGCUAUACACACAUGGGUACGCUGCCACGGCUGCUGAUGAAGCGGAGAGACAAGAGUAGUAAAGGAGGCUCCUGCAGCAAGAAGAGUAAAGACAAAAGCAGCAUCAGCAGAAGUCAAAGUCAGCGACCUGCAGGGAACCAAGACCCCGCGCCCCUGAGGGUCACACUUGUGUCAUCCAAAGUGCCUACGGAUGAAGUUAAAGCUGACUCUGGUCUCGGACGAGACUCUCCCCCUGAUCCCAAGACCCAGCCUGUACCUACACCUGAGACAAACGCAACAAGCACUCAAAACCCCGUCUCAGGACCCACAGCUGCCUGUGAGGAUGUGUCGCCAUCUGGUGGCUCAAGUUCUGCACUGCAACCAGAGACUCAUGACGAGCAGAGUGUCGCUCAGGCACGCGCAGGCUCGAAGCCCGAGGAGACUUCAUCACCUCCACUCAGCCAGGAGAUCGAUGAGACUCAGGAGGAUGAUGGGAUAGAGUGUGAUGGGAUAGAGUGUGACGGGAUAGAGAGUGAUGGGAUAGAGUGUGAUGGGAGAGAGUCCGGACCUGUGUCAGAACCAAAGGGGGAGGCUGAGAGCAAUAAUCUGACAGCAGGAGCAGACAGAGGAAAGCAAAGCUCUAACAACAUUUACUGCCACAUGGACCCGGUGCAGAGCCAGGCGGAAUACGUCCAGUUCUCCAAAGAGAAGUACCUGCUGGAGUCUCCUCCCGAGAAACUGCGGAAGGAGCUGGAGGAGGAGCUGAAGCUGAGCGCCGCUGACAUCAGGAGCCAUGGCUGGUACCAUGGACACAUACCCAGAGAGGUGUCAGAGACUCUGGUUUUACGUAACGGAGAUUUCCUCGUGCGUGACUCUCUGACCAGCGUGGGCGACUUUGUGCUGACCUGCCGAUGGGAUAACGAAGUGCUGCACUUUAAGAUCAGCAAAGUCCUGGUCAAGUCCAACGAGACCAAGGUGCAGUAUAUGUUGGAGUCUGACAGCUUCGACUCGGUCCAGGAGCUCGUGCGGUUCUACGUGGGCCAGCGGAAGCCGGUGUCCCAGUCCAGCGGCGUCCACAUUUACUGUCCAGUCAGCAGGACGCUCCCGCUGCGCUACCUGGAGGCCACCUUCGCUCUGGCCAACAGCAAGCAAGGCUCCGCCUACUCACCGUCUAGUCAGAGGGGAGCGUACAUCAAGAGGAGGAGCGUCACCAUGACAGAUGGGCUGACGACGGAGAAGAUGAUACCUCACAGCCCGUCGACGAUCCACCACCAUAAAGACGCAAUGCGGAACUGUGCGAUGAGCAUGGACCAGAUUCAGGAGUAUCGCUGCCCCUUGUCUCCAGUUGGAGAAACCCCGCUAUCUCCGGCAUAUAGUGCCAUCACCAGGCAGAGAGCCCACUCUGGCGGCCGCAUGCUGGCCGUUGUCCCGCCCUCCCCCGUGAUGCGCCGUUCCAGCGACCCUCAGCUCAGCCCCUCGGCCGGCACCAACCCCCCCGAGCAUCCCGCGCACACCUCCCACUCGGCACACUCCUCGCCCGCCCAUCACCCCAGCUACCAAUCACAUUCGUCAGAAACAGCGGGGAGCUACUGUGACCUCAGACCUUGCCCCGCCGGGCCGCCCAAACCCCCAGCCAAGGGCUACGUGGAACGGUUGCGGGUGGAAGAAGGGAGGCAGGAUGGAGCGAGGGAGGACGGAGAGGGGAUGUUCAGCGCCCCACAGGUGGAGACGGCGUCCUCUUUCAGGCCAUCCAGGUACGAGUCUUGCCUUAUGCCAGCUGAGAAUAAGCCUCUGGAGAUGUCGGUGCUGAAGAGAGUCAAAGAGCUGCUGGCUGAGGUGGAUGCGAGGACCGCGGCUAAACACAUCACCAUGAUGGACUGCACGGUGGCCAGAAUAUUAGGCGUAACCUCGGAGACGCAAAGGAUGAUGGGAGUGUCCUCAGGGCUGGAGUUACUGACACUACCACACGGACACCAGCUAAGGCUUGACCUGCUGGAGAGGUUCUACACCAUGUCCAUCAUGAUGGCAGUGGACUUGCUAGGCUGCACAGGAAGCACAGAGGAGAGGGCGGCCCUGCUCCACAAGACCAUCCAACUGGCAGCGGAGUUGAAGAGCACCCUGGGCAACAUGUUUGGCUUUGCCGCUGUGAUGAGAGCCCUGGAGCUGCCACAGAUUUCCCGCUUGGAGCAGACGUGGGUGACGUUACGCCAGAGACACACAGAGGGCGCCAUUCUGUACGAGAAGAAACUCAAACCGUUCAUGAAGAACAUGAACGACGGCAAAGAGUCCAGCGCCCUGUCCAACACGUCCUUCCCCCACAUCAUUCCUGUCCUGUCCUUGUUGGAGCGGGGCAUGGCUGUUGGGGACGCGCUGGAGCCCUGGGAGAGCGCCGAGGCGGGAGUAGACGUGGUCAUGUACCACCUAGAGGCAGCUCGCACCAUCGCUCAUCACGGGGGGAUCUAUAGAACCAACGCUGAGACCAAGCUGCAGGGACUCCAAGAGCACGCCGAAAUUCACGAAGUCUUCCACACGGAGUUCCAGAUGCGCCUCCUGUGGGGCAGCCGCGGCUCCGAGGGCAGCCAGUCGGAGCGCUACGAGAAGUUCGACAAGGUCCUCACUGCCCUGUCGCACAAGCUAGAGCCCCCUGUGCGCCACAGCGAGCUAUAGCACCCGCCCCUGACACCCGCCAUCACCAAAACACCCCCCCCCCCUCCCAUCUGCACUCGCCACUCUUCGUGGUACCGUCUUGUUUUGCAUCGCGACGGAUAACGUGGAAGAGUCCAGCGUGAACACUGAGAGGAGUGACAGUGAAUGAAGAGGCAGCUAACAGAGCAUGAGCAAGUGAGCAGUAGGGGUACAGAGAAGAGGGUCUCACUUAUAAGACGCGUUGCACUCGCUGUGGACUUCUGUUCCCUCCUGUGGACUUCACUCAGCGCUAAAAUAUUUCAACGGCAUGGGAAGAGAGACAAGCCGAGCAGAAAAGGAGACGGGGGAGAGAGAUCGGUGACCAGCUCCUCUGCUCGGUACAAACAUGAACAUGUGUACGGCGUCUCCAGAGGGCCAGACAGCGCUGCAGCAGAGUUUGGCUUUUUUGCUCCAAUAAAACACAGACACUCUCUCGUUUCAACUGCUGUCACACACUGUAGCAGAAAUGAUAACAAUAACUUACAUAGCUCAUAUAUAGAUGUUUCGUCCGUAUGAGUGAGCGCGUGUGUGUUUACAUUCCUUCAUUUCUGUGUGUCGUUAAUGUUUCAUGUCUUUUUUUUCCUUUUUUUUUUUUGGUCCUAAUUCAUUUGCUUUGGAUCAGAGGAGAUCUAAACAUCAUGGACGUUGCUUCAGCAAAACUCACGCGAAUCUGUCAGUGCUCAUUCUUAGGGAACCAUGUUCAUCAAACCUCAUUAAAUAUGUAUCAAGCAGUCCCAUUGAAUCCCAUUAAAAAUGUAUCAGGCAUGCAUUAAUAAAUGUAUCAGAAAUGAAACAUUUGCAGAAGUAAUGCAGCAACUUAUAAUACGAGGGCUUUGCGAGUUGUUUAAAACAUUAAGAGGACAAGAGGACUGUUGUAGCUGUUCGCCCGAUAUUUUUGAAAUUUGCGUGUCUUGUCCACAAAGACUAGCUAACAACAGCAUGAUGAGACGGAGGGGAAACAGGAUAUAUUCGAAAUGUGUUAAGGGCAAUGUUUCACUUAGUAUAUAGACAUUUAUGAACAUGCUGUGGUACGACUGUCGCUUCAGUUUGUACAUUCGCAGAUAUUGUUGCAUGCUGCUAUAAAUGUUAUACCAAGUAAAAUGUUGCUUUAAAGGUGCAAUAUGUAAGAAUUCGCGUUUAAAAUGUUCAAAAAAGAUUCUCAAGAGAAUGUGGAGAGGAAAGAGUUUUGACGUUACGACAGAGACGCAUUAGGCCGCAGUGAUAUCACCUGAACUCGGUGUGCUAACCGGAUAGCUCCAAGCCACUUUGUACCUCGAGAGAUGAUGGUCAACGACGCUACCAAUCCAGGCAGAGUCGGCUAACAGCAUUGCUCGCUAGCUGCACGGUUAGCUGAGCUCACCGGCUAACCGCAGCUGCAUUCAGUAGCUGUUUUUUGGAGUUGUUUGGAGCACGCAUUUAGCAGGCGGCCAAUUCUAGCAUAUCACACCUUUUAAACAACUCAUUUAAACAUGUAUUUUAAAUGUGUCAUACGUGAGAAAUACACAGGUGAUCUGUGCUGAUACUGAACGGACGAAGAAAUCUGUCAUCUUCCAUCUUUUUUUUUUAAAACCAACGAGUGAAAAAAAACGGAAGUUCCUAAACUGAAUCAGAUAAGGACAUGUUGAACACAGCACGGCUGCAGAGGAUGUCUUUUGGUUGUGUGUUUUGAAUUUCCGUUUCAACAAUACCGCGAAAGAUUAUCCUAUUGUUUCUCUUUAUUGCUGUGGGAUUUCAUUUUGGUCGGCUGUUCAGUGUCAAAUCAUUGCUGUGUUAACGGCUUGUCGGCCUGAGAGGGCUGGAGCCAACUCUCAGAGCUAUGCAAUCAUUUCAGGCCGGGGCUGAGGCCCCCAAGGAACGGACACACAUGCAGAAUGUUCUCCAUGUUUAGCCCCCAGCAUUGCCUUCUUUUUGAAAUAUCUAUCUUCUUCCUAUCCCCAUCCAGACUGAUAACUAUAUAUGAAUGAAAGUCAUAUCAGAUAUCGAUCAAGCGCAAAUUAUUCUGAAAGUAUCCCUGUAUCGGAUAGUUGCGUAUGAGGGAUCCAGCUUUCUCAUCACAUGUUCAGGGUCGGCUGUACAGAUCAGUUCAUGAGGUGAAGAGCCAUGUGCCAGUUCCCACUGUUGUCCAACAGGGGGCGAUCUUUAGUCAGCAAAAAAAAAUAAAAAUACACUGAAUCUUCAAUUGUAAUAUGAUACAACAGAAAGACAUAGACACACACACACACACACACACACACACACACACACAGGGAUAAAACCCAUUUGCUCUGUGUUUUGAGACCAAUGUUCGAUGUCACUGUUAUCAGAUAUCAGACCUACUGGUUUAGGUUUAAUGUCUGAUAAACACUGACGAUGACAAACUGAUGAUGAUGAUGUAAUAUGUUUAUAUUUGUCCUCUGUUGAAUGUUGUACAGGAAUGCUCUGAUGGUGUGUGGAUUCUCCUGCUCUUUAUAGCAGGACCGUGUGAGAUGAACUUGAAAAGACGACAAAAUGUUUCAGGACCGAUCUCAUGUGUUUUUUACGUACUGUACAUAGCGGUUCACUUUUUUUCAAAUAAAAUGAUUGCUUGUGUCA